AUGAAGAAGAUUACAAAUCGAUUCCGGACCAGAAGAAAAAAACCCAAACCGGCCAUCGGCCCAAUUAGCCAAUCGCUUCCCACAAGCCGCCGAGUCGCCGCCACGUGUCCCUUCCAUAUCCUCACAUCCUUCGUUCCCAUUUCAAACACUGCUCUAUCCGCUUCGCGAUGACUCCGCCACUGUCUCUCCUUUCCCUACUCCCCUUCGCCGCUUCUCCUCACCCUGCUUCCGAUCCGUCCCACCAUGGCCGUGUUGGAGAUCUCCGCAUCGACCUACUCGAGAUCGGGAGCUUGUCUCUCUCCCAACGAUCCUCUAUCGCUUCGGUUGGUGGUUAAGAAUCGGCGACGGUCUAUCCCUUGCAGCGCCCGCCGGAUUACCAAAAUUCUGUGCUCUGUCGCACCCAACCAAGUCCAAGCCCCGGAAUUGUACACCACUCCGGCUGGUGUCGCGAGCAAGAAGGAGUGUUUCGGUGUCUUCUGCACAACUUAUGACCUGAAGUCGGAUGACAAGACAAAGUCAUGGAAGAGUUUGAUCAAUAUUGCAGUAUCAGGUGCAGCUGGAAUGAUAGCAAAUCAUCUACUUUUUAAACUUGCUUCAGGUGAGGUUUUUGGACCAGAUCAACCAAUUACCUUGAAAUUACUAGGCUCUGAGAGAUCAUUCCAAGCUUUAGAAGGAGUGGCUAUGGAACUAGAAGAUUCCUUAUAUCCUUUAUUGAGGGAAGUUAGCAUCAGUGUAGAUCCCUAUGAGGUGUUUCAGGAUGCAGCGUGGGCACUUCUGAUUGGUGCAAAGCCCAGAGGCCCUGGAAUGGAGCGGGCAGGCUUACUGGAUAUUAAUGGGCAGAUUUUUGCACAACAAGGAAAAGCACUUAAUGAGGUCGCAUCACCAAAUGUGAAAGUCAUAGUCGUUGGUAACCCAUGCAAUACAAAUGCACUCAUUUGUUUGAAGAAUGCACCAAAUAUACCUGCCAAAAAUUUCCAUGCUUUAACCAGGUUGGAUGAGAAUAGAGCCAAAUGCCAGCUAGCCCUCAAAGCUGGUGUGUUUUAUGAUAAAGUGUCAAACAUGACUAUUUGGGGAAAUCACUCAACUACCCAGGUUCCUGACUUUUUGAAUGCUAAAAUCAAUGGUAUGCCAGUGACUGAAGUUAUCACUGAUAUAAAAUGGUUAAAGGAAGAGUUCACUGAAAGAGUGCAGAAGCGUGGAGGUAUCCUUAUCCAAAAAUGGGGAAGAUCUUCUGCGGCAUCUACUGCCGUUUCCAUCGUCGAUGCCAUAAGGUCCCUUGUUACUCCCACUCCAUCAGGCGAUUGGUUCUCAACGGGGGUCUACACAACGGAAAAUCCUUAUGGCAUAGCAGAGGACAUUAUUUUUAGCAUGCCAUGCAGAUCAAAUGGAGAUGGCGACUACGAACUAGUGAAGGACGUGAUCUUUGAUGAUUACCUUUGGGAGCGUAUAAAAAAGACUGAGGCCGAGCUUCUUGCUGAGAAGAGAUGCGUAGCGCAUCUCACUGGAGAGGGCAACGCUUACUGUGAUCUUCCUGAGGACACCAUGCUUCCUGGAGAACAGUAGGACCAUUCAUGAUCUGUCUGAAUCAACUCAUAGUAAGUCAAGCUUUCUGAGAGGUUGUCAAAAGGGAAUCUAAUUGCUUUACUUAGACAUGAGAACGAUGCAUAAGUGCUCGAUAUGAGGUAAACAAAUAUCAUAUGGGAUGUUCUUUACCACGGUAAUGGACAGUGGACACGAACGAGUAACAAGUUUAUUAAAUCUGAGAUAAAGCGAGGGCACACAAACCUCCUUAUCAGCGACA